ACUCGUAUUCUCCUCCAAACACGCCAUGCCGCUUCUUCGCAUGUCUUUCCUUUCUCUGACUCGGCAGCUACGCCCAUCACUCUGUCUCUUAUGAAGUCUCCUAUAAACUCUCCUUCAACCUCUUCCUCUUUCCCUCAAACCCAUCUCACAGAAGUCACUCAAAGACUAGUUCUAGAGAGAGAGAGUUCUUACCUAGUGAGGGUCGUUGUUCUGUUUGAUACGUACCCAGUAGUCUGCUUUCUCAGCGUGUAGAAACAGUUGAGAGAGAGAGAGAUCUUAUAUAGUUUGGGUGAUUGUUCUGUUUGAUACCCAAUAAUCGGGUGUGCUUUCUCAGAGUAUAGAAACAGUUCAUAAUUAAGUUUAUAGAGGUGAUGGCUGACGUCAGGAGUGCCGGCGGUCAGUUCCCGGAUUUUCCGGUGGUUCCGACACACGGAGGUCAGUUCAUUCAGUACGACAUUUUCGGGAACUAUUUCGAGAUCACGACCAAGUAUCGGCCUCCGAUCAUGCCUAUUGGUCGCGGUGCUUAUGGAAUCGUCUGCUCGAUGUUGAAUUCGGAGACGAACGAUAUGGUUGCGAUCAAGAAGAUAGCCAACGCUUUCGAUAAUUACAUGGAUGCUAAGCGAACCCUUCGGGAGAUUAAGCUUCUUCGCCAUUUGGAUCACGAAAAUGUCAUAGGUAUAAGAGAUGUGAUUCCUCCACCUCUACGGAGGGAAUUUUCUGAUGUCUACAUUGCCACUGAACUCAUGGAUACAGAUCUUCAUCAAAUCAUUCGGUCUAAUCAAAGUUUAUCAGAAGACCACUGUCAGUACUUCUUGUAUCAGAUUCUUCGAGGUCUGAAGUAUAUACAUUCUGCAAAUGUUAUUCAUAGAGAUUUGAAGCCGAGCAACCUCUUGCUGAAUGGGAAUUGUGAUCUGAAGAUUUGUGAUUUUGGUCUUGCAAGGUUAAAUUCAGAGAACGAGUUCAUGACAGAAUAUGUUGUGACCAGAUGGUACAGGGCACCUGAGCUAUUGUUAAACUCUUCAGACUACACUGCAGCAAUAGAUGUGUGGUCUGUGGGUUGCAUCUUCAUGGAGCUCAUGAACAGAAAGCCUUUAUUUGCGGGUAAAGAUCAUGUACAUCAGAUGCGCCUAUUGACAGAGCUUCUGGGCACACCCAAUGACUCUGAUCUUGGGUUCGUUCGGAAUGAGGAUGCAAGAAAAUAUAUCCGGCAAUUGGCUCGACAUCCUCGUCAGCAGUUGGCAAACGUUUUCCCACAUGUCCAUCCAUUAGCUAUCGAUCUUGUUGAUAAGAUGCUGACACUCGAUCCCACUAAAAGAAUUACAGGUAAUUUUCUUAUCCUGUGAUAGCUAGUCUGAUGAUACUGUGGGGGUGGUUGUAAUUAAUUAGACAUUCGCGAUGUGAUGUUGAUUCUGAGAACCCUUUCAGUAGGCUCCAUAAUCUAUUGUCUUUGUCGUAAUGAUUGAAACACUAAGCUUUUGCCACUAGAGUCUUUCCCCACCACUUCAAUCCAAGUGAGCAUUGAACACUUCGUCCACAAAAGAGAUUGUGUUAAAAGCUUCUGAGAUUAACUGAGUAAAUAAUUAGUUUAUACAGUAGUAAGUGCUUCUCGGUCUUUGAUUGAGGGUUAAGUUUGGAACACUGAAAUGAUGAUGUCAUGUUAAUCGCCCUCGCCUGAUAACUAUUAGGGUGCAAGUGACCUUAUGGAUGUCAAUGCUCUGAUGUAAGUGAGGAUCAAUCCUCUUGGCUGCAGCACUUUAGAAAAAGUAAACGGCAUAUGUAGAUGUGGAUUCAUGGUUACAGACACAGAUGCCACUGAGUUGCCAUUUGUUCUUUGGUCUAAUGAAACUAAAGUUAGUUUCUGCAGCUGGUGUUCAACCAGUGUCUGGAUGAACUCUAAUUUGGGCAAUCAUUCGAAAAGUUAAGAGGCUUCUUACAAUGAAAAUCUGUGUUUGAAUUACUUUGGUGACAAGACUACUUAGCAUCCCAAACAUGCUCCUAUUACGGAUUAUUUUAAGAUGAAGAUAGAAAUUAAGUUCUAUACAAUUUGGGCUUGGGUUACAUUACAACAUUAACUCAAAAUCUAUAGUGCUGUCAUAUGUGAAGGAGAAUUUCUGUUCGAACAACUAAGUCUUAUGCUUGACUUGCCUUAUAGUGAAGAUACCGUGAUUCAUGUGCUACGUUUACUUUUUUAUUGGUUCCUCUUGUUUUCUUGCAUCUAAAAGCAAAAUUUAUUUGUUGGUGCAGUUGAAGAAGCACUGGCCCAUCCCUACCUUGCAAGAUUACAUGACAUAGCUGAUGAACCAGUCUGCCCAGAGCCAUUUGCAUUUGAUUUUGAGCAACAGGCCUUGGGAGAAGAGCAGAUCAAGGAUAUGAUUUACCAGGAGGCUUUAGCAUUUAAUCCAGAAUAUGCAUAAUAAGGAAGACAGCAUCUACGCAAGUUCUUCUUUGGAAUUGAUAAUCUCUUAGUUGGGUCUCUGGUUGUUGAGAAAUUUACCACUAAUAUGAAUGAAAUAUUGCGACAAGUAUAGCAGACACGUGCUAAGCAGUCAGUAUUUUGAGUUGCGGAUCAAACAAUUGAGAUCAUUCUGUAUGGUUGACUUUGAUCUGGCAACAUGUAUCUGGCGUAUCUGCAGAUUGAUCACCUUGGUUGUCCAUCAGUUGGACUAGGCCUCCUAUACAAUACUUUAGAAGGUCUGCCCCCUUGCAAGUUAUUUGAAAGUCAUGCAUCCUUUGUAAAUCAGAAAGAAUAAAUUUUCAAUUUCUUAUCUGUUAUAUUCGUUUUUCAGCUUUGGUGUGUUGUGUUUUAGAUUAUGUUGAGUGUAGCCAUGAUCUGUAACUUCUAUUGUGACGAUAUUAUAUGGAAUCUCCAGUUGUUUUGUUCUUCAAUUUGGACAUGUUUAUAUUUUUGAUGAAAUAUGUAAAUUAAACAUGG